AUGGCGGCCUGUAUCUUCUGCAAAAUUGUGAAAGGUCUCCUAUUCGAGUCCGACAAGAUCCUAGCCUUCCUCGACAUCCAGCCUUUGAGCAAAGGCCACGCGCUUGUCAUCCCUAAGCACCACGGCGAGAAGCUCGUCGACAUCCCCGACGAUGUACUGGCCGAGAUCCUACCGGUUGUCAAGAAACUAGCGACGGCCAGUGGAGCCGAGAACUACAAUGUCCUUCAGAACAACGGACGACUCGCGCAUCAAGAGGUCGGCCACGUCCAUUUCCACAUGAUCCCCAAACCAAACGAGACCGAGGGUCUCGAGAUCGGGUGGCCGGCGGGCCCAACCGACAUGGAGGCACUGAAAAAGCUGCACGCCGACCUGAAGGCGAAGAUGUAG